UAUACCUUGAGCACUUUGUUCAAUUUACCCUUGGGGUUGGGGCCGUGGGGGCGAGCGGCAGAAGCGCCGAUCGUUUUACUGUUUGCAGACUGGAGAGUCGAGAGGGCUUGUCCAAUUUUCUAUUCCCCGUCUUCAACCCCUCUACCUCUCUCUCUCUCUCUCUCUCUCUUCUCUGCGUGAGGUGAGGUCGGAAUGUUGUCGAGCACGGAUUACAGUAAUGGUCACCAGCAACAUGGGUCGUCUGAGAGGCGACUCGGCACCACUCACAGGGACCGAUUCAGGAAGGGGAGUAGGAGGGCGCGGGACUCCAGGGAGGGACAUGGCAGUGGCAAUGGGCUUAGGGUUUCGGGGCAGGAGAGACCUCCUUGUACGGACUUCGAUAUGGCCUAUUUUCACUCUUACUCACACCUCGGUAUCCACGAGGAGAUGAUCAAGGAUCGCGUGCGGACUGAAACAUAUAGGGCGGCAAUCUUGCAACAUCAGAGUUCCAUUGCAGGCAAAGUUGUCGUUGAUGUUGGCUGUGGAACAGGCAUUCUUUCUAUAUUCUGCGCUCUUGCUGGUGCAAAAAGGGUAUAUGCUGUGGAUGCAAGUGAUAUUGCAGUGCAGGCGAAAGAGGUUGUGAAGGCAAAUAAACUGUCUGAUGCAGUCAUUGUUUUGCAUGGACGAGUUGAGGAUAUUGACAUUGAUGAAGAGGUUGAUGUUAUUAUUUCAGAGUGGAUGGGCUACAUGCUUCUGUAUGAGAGCAUGCUGGGGAGUGUUAUCACUGCCAGAGAUCGUUGGCUAAAGCCUGGAGGUCUUAUACUUCCUUCGAAUGCAACGUUAUACAUGGCACCAGUCACAAAUUCUGACAGAUAUAGUGAAAGCAUUGAUUUUUGGCGGAAUGUUUAUGGAAUUGAUAUGUCUGCUAUGUUACCAUUAGCGAAACAAUGUGCAUUUGAAGAGCCAUCUGUGGAAACAAUAACGGGUGAGAAUGUUUUGACGUGGCCACAUGUGGUGAAGCAUGUGGACUGCUAUACUGUCACUAUUUCUGAGCUGGAAUCUGUUACAACACAAUAUAAAUUCAAGUCAAUGAUGUGUGUCCCACUACAUGGGUUUGCUUUUUGGUUUGAUGUUGAAUUUAGUGGGCCCAUAACAUCUCCCACUAACAUUGGUGCACCAUCCUUACAUGUUGAGAACAACAACAAUCCUUUAGAUGGGCAUCAUAGGAAGAAACGUGCAAAUCCCAAUGAAGCUCUUGUUCUUUCCACUGCACCUGAGGACCCUCCAACACAUUGGCAACAGACGUUGAUAUAUUUUUAUGAUCCAUUAGAGGUAGAGCAAGACCAACUUAUCGAAGGCUCUGUGACAUUAUCACAGAGCAAGGAAAACGCCCGAUUCAUGAACAUUCAUCUUGAAUAUGCUUCUGGUGGACGUUCGUUUGUCAAAGAGUCAGUAAUGAGGUGAUUAGAGGAUUGACAUUGGCAGUUUGGAGCUUCUUGAAGUGAAGCCUAUGCAAGUCCUGCAGUGCAUCUAGCUUUGUCCAUCUUGCCCCAAUUACUAUAGUACAUGCUUCUGCAAUCGCACCCCAGGCCAAAAAUGCAUGUCUGCUUUACUUAUUUAUACUGCUUUCAUGUUAAGAAACCUAGAACAUGAAUUUACUUUUGGUUAGUUUAUUAUUAAAUACAAUUGUAGGUUAAUUAUUUCUCUCUCUCUCUCUCUCUCUCUCUCUCUCUCUCUCUCUCUCUCUAUAAUUAAUGUAUUAUGCUCCUGGUGUUUACAAUCCAGUUUUAGAUGAUCAGAUUGUAUUAUAUUUGGCAUAUAGGUGUAGGCUAUGGAGGGUAAUUUUUUAAAAUAUACGUUUAUCCUA